UAAUUUACAAUUAAUUUUCUUAUAUUUAAUUUUUAUGAUAGUUCUCCAAUAAAGAUUGCAUAAUGCAUCAUUAUUUGUGAAUAAUUUUUAAUUUUUUUGAAUAUGGACUUAAUAAUACACAAGAAAUGGUGUUAUCUACUGUAUAGAAUAUGGUUCCAGCAAUGGUGUCAUGUGUAGAGAUGAUGUUAGAAAGAUAGAAGCAAUAUGAAGGCAAAGAAAUUGAGAUAUUUGAAGAGUUUAGAGUAUUAACCUCAGAAGUGAUUUCAAAAACAACUUUUGGGAGUAGUUAUUUGGAAGGAAAAGACAUACUUGAGAUGCUGACACACUUGGGUACCAUAACUUCUAGAAAUGUGUUCAAAAUUAGGCUUCUUGUCAUCAGUCAAUUUUGGAAAAGUAGCGCUGAUAUAGAAUCAGAAAAACUUGAACAAGGGAUACAAGAUUCUAUUUUAGAGAUUAUAAAGAAAAGAGAAAAUGUAGAACUAGACAACUAUGGGACUGAUCUUCUUGGACUACUUGUCAAGGCAAGUAAUGAUGCAGAUGAGAAUAAAAGAAUUACAGUGGAAACUGUGGUUGAUGAGUGCAAGACCUUUUACAUUGCUGGACAUGAAACUACAACCACCUUGCUUGCAUGGUCUGUUCUUCUUCUAGCAAUUCAUACAGAUGGGCAAGAGGAAGCAAGAAAGGAGGUCCUUCAGUUGUUUGACCAACAAUAUCCAAAUGCAGAAGGCAUUCCAAAAAUGAAAAAGAUGAACAUGAUCAUUAAUGAGUCUCUAAGACUAUAUCCUCCUAUCAUCAAUAUUACAAGAAAAGUUCAACGGAAAGUCAAACUGGGACAACUCAUUCUUCCAGCCAAUAUAAAUGUGACUAUUUUGACAUUGGCACUUCAUCUUGAUCCCCAAAUAUGGGGAGAUGAUGUGUAUCUUUUCAAGCCUGAACGAUUUUCAGAAGGAAUCGCUAAAGCUACCAACAACAACCCAGGAGUAUAUCUUCCUUUCGGUUUCGGACAACGAAGUUGUGUUGGCAUGAACUUUGCAAUCAAUGAAACAAAAAUUGCUUUGUCAAUGAUUCUGCAACGCUACGCCUUCACUCUAUCCCCCACCUAUACUCACUCGCCAAUCCAAGUUUUAACAGUUCGUCCACAACAUGGGAUUCAAGUCAAACUUCAUGCUCUCUAGUACAAUAUAGACAAGUUUUGUUAACAAGUUGUUUUCUGGGUGAAGAUAGUAGUAAAUCUUCGCAGCUUUUGUUCAAUCAGUUGUACACUAUGAUGACGUUUGAAGGUUGUUGAACUAUGGAGGAAUGACUAAAUAAACUUUUGUAAAGAAAAAUAAAUACUAUCUAUAAUCGCAUUAAUUUUGUAAAGACAUGGUCAAUUUAAACUUUUAUUUA